CAGGGCCCUUGGCUGCUUGGUGCGCAGGCGCCUCGGGCGCUGCCAACUGAAGUCGCAAUGGACGCGCUGGAGUCGUUGUUGGACGAGGUGGCCCUGGAGGGGCUUGAUGGCCUUUGUCUGCCCGCACUGUGGAGCCGUCUGGAGACUCGAGUGCCGCCCUUCCCGCUGCCUUUGGAGCCCUACACGCAGGAGUUUCUGUGGAGGGCCCUUGCCACGCACCCGGGCAUCAGCUUCUAUGAGGAACCUAGAGAGCGACCCGACCUCCAGCUCCAGGACCGGUAUGAAGAAAUCGAUUUGGAAACUGGCAUUUUGGAGUCCAGAAGAGACCCAGUCCCUUUGGAGGAUGUCUACCCCAUUCAUAUGAUCUUAGAGAAUAAGGAUGGCAUCCAGGGCUCAUGCCGGUACUUUAAGGAGAGGAAAAACAUCACCGGUGAUAUCAGGACUAAGUCUUUGCAGCCCCGUUGUACAAUGGUGGAAGCCUUUGGCAGGUGGGGAAAGAAACUGAUCAUUGUUGCCUCCCAGGACAUGCGUUACAGGGCCUUGAUAGGCUUGGAGGGUGACCCCGACCUCAAACUCCCUGACUUCUCCUACUGCAUUUUGGAGCGGUUAGGCCGGUCCCGGUGGCAAGGGGAGCUCCAGCGAGACCUCCACAGUACUGCUUUCAAGGUUGAUGCUGGGAAGCUCCACUAUCAUAGGAAAAUUCUGAACAAAAAUGGGCUCAUUACAAUGCAGUCGCACGUGAUCCGAUUACCCACUGGAGCCCAGCAGCUCAAUCCGAGAAGCAAAUAUGACAUCCUCAUGGAGAAGCUUUCGGCGAUGCUGAGCACACGGAGUAACCAGAUAGAGACACUAGGAAAGCUGCGGGAAGAACUGGGACUGUGCGAAAGGACGUUUAAGCGUCUGUACCAGUACAUGCUGAAUGCCGGCCUGGCCAAGGUGGUGUCUCUUCCCUUACAAGAAAUCCACCCUGAAUGUGGACCUUGUAAGACAAAGAAAGGGACUGACGUCAUGGUGCGCUGCCUCAGGCUGCUGAAGGAAUUCAAACGGAAGGUCGAAGACGACCAUGACCAGGAUGACGACGACGACGAGGAGGUCAUCUCCAAGGCAGUGCCUCCGGUGGACAUCGUGUACGAGCGGGACAUGCUCACACAGACCUACGAACUCAUUGAACGCAGAGGCACGAAAGGAAUUUCCCAAGCUGAAAUCCGAGUGGCCAUGAAUGUGGGAAAACUGGAAGCAAGAAUGCUGUGUCGUCUCCUUCAAAGAUUCAAAGUUGUCAAGGGAUUCAUGGAAGACGAAGGGCGGCAGCGGACUACCAAGUACAUCUCCUGCGUGUUCGCCGAGGAGAGCGACCUGAGCCGGCAGUAUGAAAGGGAGAAAGCCCGGAGCGAGCUGCUGACCACAGUGAGCUUGGCCUCGGUGCCGGAGGAGUCACUCCUGCCCGAAGGAGAGGACACUUUCCUCUCCGAGUCGGACAGUGAGGAGGAGGGCAGCAGCAGCGGCAGCAGGAGGAGAGGCAAAGGAUCACAGGCGGACGUGAGAUCCUCCAGCGUCGGUCUCGGCACCCAGCCUCAUCACUCCACCCCCACCAAGGGUGGCUGGAAGGUGAACUUACACCCGUUGAAGAAGCAGCCAUCUUCCUCCCCAGGAGCUGCCGAGGAGAAAGCCUGCUGGAGCUCUGUCCCUGGGGACGGCCUCCUGGACACCAGCAGCUCCUCAGACCCCAGCGUGCCCUUUGGCUCCAGCUGCUUGGAGAGUAACAGUGGCGACAUAGCUGUGAUUGAAGAGGUCAGGCUUGAAAACCCAAAGGAGAGUAGCAGUUCCCAGAAGACUGGGAAGCACGGCCCGGGCCAAGACAAACCCCAUGAAACUUACCGACUGCUGAAACGCAGGAAUCUGAUCAUAGAAGCUGUCACCAACCUCCGCUUAAUCGAGAGCUUAUUCACGAUUCAGAAAAUGAUCAUGGAUCAGGAGAAGCAAGAAGGCGUGUCUACCAAGUGCUGUAAGAAGUCCAUUGUCCGCCUGGUGCGGAACCUGUCUGAGGAAGGGCUCCUAAGGCUGUAUCGGACGACGGUUAUUCAAGAUGGCAUCAAGAAGAAGGUGGAUCUAGUGGUGCACCCGUCCAUGGACCAGAACGACCCUCUGGUGAGAAGCGCCAUCGAGCAGGUUCGUUUCAGGAUCUCCAAUUCAAGCACAGCAAACAGGGUUAAAGCGCCCCAGCCUUCAGUACCUCAAGGGGAGGCCGAAGAAGAAAGUCAAGGAAAAGAGGACUCAAGUGGAUCAGGAGACUCCCAGCCGAAUGCUUCCUCUAAAUCAGAAAGCGGACGGGUGAAAAAAACUGAUGAGAAAAUGGGCAUAACCCAGCUUAAGAAUUACAACCCUGUUGUAGUUCCCGGACUUGGGCGUUCUCUGGGGUUUCUGCCCAAAAUGCCUCGCCUGCGGGUAGUCCACAUGUUUCUGUGGUACCUGAUCUAUGGGCAUCCUGCCAGCAACACGGUGGAGAAGCCGGGCGUCAGCAGUGAAAGAAGAACGGGAAAGCAGGGACUCGGCAGGGCGGGAGCCCCUCCGUCCUCCGGAAAUGAUUUGGAGGCUUCCUCCGACGCGCCACCUCAGGACGGCCAAGAUGGAGCCAUCUGGGAGGCGGAAGUGGAGCUCGCCACAGAGACAGUAUAUGUGGACGAAGCCUCAUGGACGCGCUAUAUUCCUCCCAUUCCAUUCCACAGAGACUUUGGCUUUGGCUGGGCUCUUGUCAGCGACAUUCUCCUCUGCCUGCCCCUCUCCAUCUUUGUCCAAAUUGUACAAGUCAGCUACAAGGUAGACAACCUUGAAGAGUUUCUGAACGACCCUCUGAAGAAGCACACACUGAUUCGUUUUCUCCCUAGGCCCGUCCGGCAGCAGCUUCUGUACAAGAGACGGUACAUAUUUUCGGUAGUGGAGAACCUUCAGAGGCUGUGCUACAUGGGGCUGCUACAGUUUGGUCCCACAGAAAAGUUUCAGGAUAAAGAUCAGGUCUUCAUUUUCUUGAAGAAGAAUGCAGUCAUUGUUGACACCACCAUCUGUGACCCACAUUACAACCUUGCCCACAGCAGCCGGCCCUUUGAAAGGCGUCUUUACGUCCUGAACUCAAUGCAGGAUGUGGAAAACUACUGGUUUGACCUACAGUGCGUCUGCCUCAACACCCCUUUAGGUGUGGUGCGCUACCCGCGUGUCAGGAGGAACAGCAGCCCGGAUCAGGGCAGUGAUGAGGAGGGCAGUCUGCAGAAGGAGCGGGAGAGCGCCAUCGACAAGCACAACCUGGAGCGCAAGUGUGCCAUGAUGGAGUACACCACGGGCAGCCGUGAGGUUGUGGAUGAAGGCUUGAUCCCUGGAGAUGGGCAAGGAGCCGCUGGGCUCGAUUCCAGUUUCUACGGACACCUAAAGCGUAACUGGAUCUGGACCAGCUAUAUUAUAAACAAGGCCAAAAAGGAGAACACCACUUCGGAGAAUGGUCUCACGGUGAGGCUCCAGUCGUUCCUGUCCAAGCACCCGUUGCCCCUCAGUGCCGGAGGCAAUGGCAAGCUGAAUAUCUGGGGAGAAUCCAGAGCAGUGUCCGAGCUCUGUGCUGACAGGGACGAGCAGUUUGAGGUUGACAAAGAGCCCACGCUGGACAGAAACCGGAGAGUGAGGGGUGGGAAGAGCCAGAAGCGGAAACGGCUGAAGAAGGACCCUGGAAAGAAGAUCAAAAGGAAGAAAAAAGAAGAGCUCCCAGAAGAAAAAAGCAAAAGGCUGCGUUACCACGAUGAGGCCGACCAGAGCGCCCUGCAGAGGAUGACCCGGCUGCGUGUCACCUGGUCCAUGCAGGAAGAUGGGCUGCUCAUGCUCUGCCGAAUUGCCAGCAACGUCCUCAACACCAAGGUGAAGGGCCCGUUCGUCCCCUGGCAGGUUGUGCGGGACAUUUUGCAUGCCACCUUUGAAGAGUCUUUGGAUAAAACAUCUCAUUCGGUCGGACGAAGAGCUCGCUACAUAAUCAAAAACCCACAAGCCUAUCUGAACUAUAAGGUGUGCCUGGCUGAGGUAUACCAGGAUAAGGCCCUCGUCGGAGAUUUUAUGAAUCGAAAACGUGACUAUGAAGAUCCAAAGGUUUGUGCCAACGAAUUUAAAGAAUUCGUGGAAAAGCUUAAAGAGAAGUUCAGUUCAUCCCUGAAGAAUCCUAACCUUGAAAUCCCAGACACACUCCAGGAGCUAUUUGCCAGAUACCGAGUUCUGGCGAUUGGAGAUGAGAAAGAUCAAAUCAGAAAGGAGGAUGAACUUAAUAGCGUGGAGGACAUCCACUUCCUGGUGCUCCAGAACCUGAUCCAGAGCACACUGGCCCUCUCCGACAGCCAGAUGAAGUCCUGCCAGUCAUUCCAGACAUUCCGCCUGUACCGGGAGUAUAAGGACCAGAUUCUCGUGAAGGCCUUCAUGGAAUGCCAGAAGAGGAGUUUGGUCAACCGGCGCCGGGUCAACCACACGCUGGGCCCAAAGAAAAACCGGGCUUUGCCCUUUGUGCCCAUGUCCUACCAGUUGUCCCAGACCUACUACAGGAUCUUCACGUGGCGAUUUCCAAGCACCAUCUGCACUGAAUCAUUCCAGUUCUUCGACAGAAUCCGGGCUGCCGGCAAGUUGGACCAGCCUGAUAAUUUUUCCUUCAAAGACCAGGAUAAUAAUGACUCCUCAAAUGACCUGGUGGCAUUUUCUUUGGACGGCCCUGGAGGACAUUGUGUGGCCGCCCUGACCCUCCUCUCCUUGGGCCUUGUCGCCGUGGAUGUCAGGAUCCCCGAGCAGAUCGUGGUGGUGGACAGUUCGAUGGUGGAGAACGAGGUGAUGAAGAGCCUGGGGAAGGACGGGGCCUUGGACGAGGACGAGGACGAAGAGGAAGACUUGGACGAAGACCCGGGGGACAAGCGCCGGAGCAUCGAGGUGAAAGCCCGCCAAGCCUCACACACCAACUACCUACUGAUGAGGGGCUACUGCGCCCCCGGCAUCGUCAGCACCCGCAACCUCAACCCCAACGACAGCAUCGUGGUGAACUCCUGCCGCGUGAAGUUCCGGCUCCGCCAGAGCCCCGCCCCUACCCAGCUCGGGCCGACGGACACUUCUCUGGAAGAGCUAACGGUGGGAACCUCCUGCCUCCCCGACAUGUUUACCAGGCUGAUAAAUAGCCAAGAAGAUGCCUGCAGCCUAGAAGAGUUUGUCCACCAGGUGGAGCUGUCCGGGUAUAAACCUGGAGAUGUGUCUGCCGCCUUGGAGGUCCAGGGCGCUGUUGCGGCUGCCGGUUGCUUUGGGGUGGACAAGGCAGAGCUGAGCAGACGGUUCUCCUCGUUUGCGAGGGCAGAUGGUGAGCGUACCAGGACCUUCACAGACUACGUCCAGGACCUCCUGGAGCGACACCAGGUGCUGGAAGUCGGCGGCAACUCUGUUCGGCUGGUGACCAUGGCCUCUGCCCAGCCCUGGCUCCUGCACUCGGUGCGGCUGAAAGAGAAAGAGGAGGACACUGACACUCAGAGAGAAGACCCCGAGGCCAGACCUCCAGAGGGGCCUUCCAGUGAGAGCGAGCCCGCUGAGAAGCAGGCACCGCCUUCUCAGGGCUCCCAAAGCAGCAAGAGGCGCGCCAGCUGGGCCAGCACCGACCCCGCCCGUCAGGGUGGGGAGACCGCCUCCGAGACUGCCCAGAAGCCCCCGGCAAAGCGGCCCACACUCCAGGACGUGCGCUUGUGCCCCAGUCCCGGGCCCAGAGUAGAGGAGAGGACAGAAACCCAGGCGCCUGCUCUGCCCGUCGCUCCUAGAGACACAGGGGCAGCGGAAGCUGGACAGGAGGACCAAGCAGGUGUCAGGGUACCAGGCUCCCCAGGCAGAGAGCGGCUGAGCCAUCAGGCCCAGCUUCCCGAGGACUCAGAAGACCCCAGAGGUUCGGCAGAGAGUUCUGUGGCCGGCAGCCUCUCCCAAGCAGCACGGGAAAGGGACUGUGAGAGCGUCUGUUUCCUCGGCCGCCCGUGGCGCAUCGUGGACGGCCACCUGAACACGCCCGUGUGCAAGGGCAUGAUGGAGGCCGUGCUGUACCACAUCAUGACCAGGCCCGGCGUGCCCGAGAGCUGCCUGCUGCAGCACUACCGGGGCGUCCUGCAGCCCAUCGCUGUGCUCGAGCUGCUCCAGGGCCUGGAAUUCCUCGGCUGCAUUAAGAAGCGCUUGCUGAGAAAGCCCGCGGCUGUAUCGCUCUUCUCCAGGCCCAUGAUGGAAGAGGCAGAGGAGCCCUCCAGCCCGGGCGAGAGUUCCACGGUGUUCUAUGAGCCCACGCUGGACUGCACCCUCCGGCUGGGCCGUGUGUUUCCCCACGAGGUCAACUGGAACAAGUGGGUCCACUUAUGAGGCACGUGGGGCCAUCUCGACUCUUCCGUCUCUGGCUCCUGAGGAGGAAGCGAGCUCUCCUGAGUGGGGCCUGUGCCCACAUUUGCAGUGUGGCCCAGCCAGGUCGGGGCACAGACAGCCUUGCACCCUGCCCAGGUCCUGAGGAGGUCUGUGCUGAGCCUCCGGCCCUGACUGGACCUGAUUUCCCAACCUGGAACUCUGGGAAGAGGACCACCCACGCUUCUCCCCUCGCUGGGGCCAUGGCCGUUGGUGCAGGCACAUUUCCACCCCUGGCAGGCCAUCUGCCUGUCACCCUGCCAAGCCUGGGCGGGUGAGUGUGUUAGGCCCACGUGGCUGCCGCGUGGAAACGGCGCUGCCUCCCAGACCCUGAGACUCCUGUGUGGACCUCAGCGUUGCCAGCUGUUGGCUCAUGGGGGCUGGGAGCUCUGGGCUUUGGAGUUUGCCCGUCCGUGCACACCUCAUGGUCCAGAUCCCAGGACCACAGCAGACUCCCUGGCUCCCCAGAAAAGCCAAGUGCCCCCGAGCAUCAGGGCCUUGUAAGGACAUGUCACAGAAUGGGGGCUGUGUGCCUUGCCCCCCCGGGGCCCCAGCAGAGACUUAGUCCUCUCCAGGCAGGACAUUUGACCCCUGAGGCUGGGACAAGCCACCCAGAGAGGAACCUGCAGGUCCCUUUAUAGCCUUGCAAGCCACCUGGCAGGCUGCCAGCUGGGUGGGUGUGCCCUCUUCUGCUGGCUAGAAACCAGGAGUUCCAUAGGUUUGGGGCUGGUUGGUUUUGUUCUCAAUCUCUUUCCUCAUUAAAAAUCCCUGGCAUGUAUUUAUUUAUUUUUUAAUUAAAGUGAAGUAAAGUACA